GGUUCAAACUGUAGGGGGCGAUAUUACAAAUUUAGCACAACUCUCGACAUGGCGACGUAAAUAACAGUUAGACUUUUUUUUGUUCGAAAGCGUUUAUUUUAGAUCCACGGAUUAAUGAUUGGUUUUUGUUUUACGGCUCGGACAGUGUGUUAACACAGUCUGAACUGUAAAUCCAUUUUCGGCCGCUCUGAGGAUCUAAAGCCACAGCUAGUUCCUCUGAGGUUUGGUGUUGACGGUUUCAGCGCACGCAUUAAUGUAAACGAGGAAUUAUUUAUCUCAGAAAGUAGCACUUAAAGUGUGUACUAAAAGAAAGCGAGUGUUUAAACACAGCAAAGCGCUUAACGAUGCCCGAGCUCAACGGCAAAAGUUCGGAGGCCAGUAGCCCGAGAAAGCGCCGCCGGAGCCGCUCGAGCAGCGGAAGUGCGCGGAGUCGCUCGCGGGAGCGCGUGUCGAGUCCUGCGGCCGAUAACCACAGACACAACAGGACCGAUGAGCGGAAGACGAAAUGGUCCGAUAACAAAGAGAAGAGCCGGAACCGCUUCCGGAUGGGCGGCUCGCGCAGUCGGUCCAGAUCGAGAGAACGAGAGAAGUUGGCCUGGGCUGACGAGCGGGACCAAAGACACUAUGCGGGAUCGAGAUCCGAUUACUACGACAAGAGAGACGAUAUCCAAAGGCAAAGACAAGAAGCCUUCAUCGCCAGACGCUUGCAAGAGCGUGAGAGAAUCGGUGAGCUGGGAUGUCCUGAGGUCUGGGGCUAUUCACCAAGAGUCCGAGACCCUGAUUCAGAUGAACACACUCCAGUUGAAGAGGAUGUGAAGAACAGCAGCUCUGAGACAAGUUCAGAAGAGGAAAAGAAGAAGAAGAAAAAGAAACGAAAAUCGAAAAAAAAGAAAAGUCGCAAGCACUCAGAGGACACAGAAUCAGAAAGUGACUCAGAAGAAGAGGUCAAGAAGAAGAAGAAAAAGAAGAAAAGUAAAAGGAAGAAAUCAAAGAAGAAGAAGGCUAAAAAGAGCCGCAAAGAGUCAAGCAGUUCCAGCAGUGAUCAGUCCGCAGAGGAAGAUGAUGAUCUGGGAGAACUGUGGGUUGAGAAAACUCGUCUUGAUGAUAAUGUGGUUGGACCUGAAGCUCCUCUAACUCACAUGGCCCAGGAUGAUAAACCAUUAGAUUUUGGCCAUGCUCUGUUACCCGGUGAAGGUGCUGCCAUGGCAGAGUACGUAAAAGCAGGCAAGCGUAUUCCAAGGAGAGGUGAAAUUGGCCUUACCAGUGAUGAAAUUGCGGACUUUGAGAAAUCAGGCUAUGUGAUGAGCGGAAGCAGACAUCGGCGUAUGGAGGCUGUGCGUCUGAGAAAGGAAAACCAGAUCUACAGUGCUGAUGAAAAGAGAGCCCUUGCCUCCUUCAACCAGGAAGAAAGGAGAAAGAGAGAAAGUAAAAUCCUUUCCAGUUUCAGGGAAAUGGUGUACAGAAAGACUAAGGGAAAAGAAGAGAAGUAGAAUGUUAAAAGCAGUGCUAAAAUCCCAGCUCUGGGUUUCAUUGUAUUAUAAUUUAGUAGGAAUGUCAUAGUUCUUAAUGUGCAAAAUUUACUGAGGAAGUCAUUUAUCAACCUUUUGCUGUGUUUUAUUUUCUCCUCUUGAUUAAAAAAAAGCUUUGAGUCUGAAGAUUAUCUAUUGUAUUAAUAUUCAUAGAGCCAUGUAAACAUUCAGUCUAGAUUUAAAAUGUAUAAAUAAAUACACUGAAAACACAUCAAA